AUGACUUUCAAUAAUAGCUUUGUUAUUCCAAAGGGUAUUUUCACCCCAAUCCCAACUUACUUUAAGGAUGAUGGCUCGUAUUCCUUGGAUUUAGAAACACAAGUCAAACAUGCCAAAAUGUUGUACGAAUCUGGUAUCAACGGACUUGUUGUUUCUGGAUCAAUGGGAGAAGCUUCUAAUAUGACAAUGAAAGAAAGAUGUUCUGUUUUAAAGGCAAUCAGAGAAGCAAUUCCAGACUCAAACUUUAAACUUAUAGCUGGAAUGCCUCCAUCCAACUACCUGGACAUCAUUGAAGAGUCACAAAUUGCAAGUGAUUUAGGGGCCAACUUUAUUAUUGUGUUGGUUCCAGGUUAUUUUGGAACUAAGUUAGUCACUCAACAAGGAAUUAUUGAUUAUUUCAAAAUUGUUGCCGACGGAAGCAGUUUGCCAAUAAUGAUCUAUAACUAUCCAGGUGUGGUCAAUGGGGUUGAUAUUGAAGUUAGCACUUUUGAGGAGCUUGCAAAGCACCCAUUUAUUGUUGGUGUGAAAUUGACUCACUUCAAUUUAGAUACAUAUACAUUAUUGGGUAAAAAUCCAAUAUUACUGGCAAACAACUUUACUCCAUUCACUGGCUUAGGACAGGUUCUUGUUCCAGCCCUUUCGGUUAAUAUCAAAGGUGCGAUUGACGGAUUAUCUGGAAUCUUUCCAAAAACCAUGUUGAAGCUUUUGAAAUUGUAUGAGAGCGGUAAAUUUGAACAAGCAGCCGAUUUACAAUAUCUUGUUACAAGAGCAAACAUGAUGAUUGGUGAAUUCAAUGUCUAUGGAGUUAAGUAUACCCUCAAACAAAUUUACGAUUUGGGAGAUUGUAUCACUGGAAGACCUCCACUUAGUACCAAUAUUGAUACUGAGAAAUAUAAGAAAUAUCAAAACGAUAUUGACUUAUUACUUAAAUACGAAAACUCUUUAUAA